AUGGCGGAAUUUGCAGCCCAUUUAAACCAAGGAACGACCAAUGCAAACCCUACGAUAUUUGAGAUAGUCGCCGAAGAAUCUAUGGCGACAGUCCUUAGACCUGCUGUUUCUUAUGGCUUGAAAGUUUUAGCAACCUCAAAUCCCGACAGAUGGGGCUGGUUAUGGAGUGUAGGCGACGAGUUGUACUUCAUUUUAAAUUACAUUGUCCAGAAUCACUACCUGAAAAACUUUGGAGGGUCAAUCUCGGAACACUUUUAUGGUCUUAAAAGAGCGAUCAACGUUGAAAAUGGAGAUAGCAGUGGAGUGAUUUCAAAUUAUCACAGAUACUUGUCGUUAAUAAUGCUUGUUGCGGUUCCUUAUGCAAAACUCAAACUUGAUCAACUUUUCGAACGAAUAAGGGAAGAAAAUGUGACCGGAUAUCUAGCCUCCUACUCUUCCAGAAAACGCUCAUAUUUCCUUCAGCUGAAGAGAGUAUUUAUCUAUGUUUAUCCCUGGUUGCAUUUUACUUGGGAAACAGUGAUACUGUGUUAUUAUCUGUUGUACAUUUUCAAGUUUUGUAAUGUUCAUUCUCCUUUACUGCACGUCAUUGGAGUCUCACUUCAAAGGCUUACAAGACAAGAUAUGCUUGCACACAGCAUGCAGAAUGUUAAUACUGGCUUAUUCAGCGGAAAGACAUUGACCGAAAGAAUAUCAGCCAUUCCAAGAUCACUAGCACAUUUGCUGGCGUCAGUUUUAGCUAACGGUCUCCCAGUCGUUGUAUUCUUUUUGAAGUUUAUAGACUGGUGGUAUUCAAGUGAGAACAAGGGAGCAGUUCAAGCUGUUACACAAUUACCAAUUCCACCCCCACCUCCUCAACCUAAGGUAAAGUGCUAUUUUUGUUAGUUCUAUCAUAGUUAGUUAAAUUGGAAUGGUUGGGAAACCCUUUGCAGUGCUGUCAACUCUCCCGGAUAAUCCAGGACACUCCAGAUUUUGGACCGUAUCCCCCGGUCUCCAGAUUAGAGUAUGAAAUCUCCUGGAUAUUCAGUUGUACACUCAACUGUCCGACAAUAAGCUUUUAGAUAUUUUGGGUUGUUUGAGCUAUUUUACUGUUAACAUCGAACGUUUCCUCGUAAACUUCUGUAUGGUAUAUUUUGCCAUUGCAAUGUACGCAAUAAUGUGAAACAUUGCAAAUUUGUGAUGAUCGGUUCAACUAGUAUUUUUUGCACAAAUGACUUCAUAUACCAUGCGAUAUGAUGUCCCUAUCAGUUCUCAAUGUUUUAGGAUGUGGGGGGUUGACAGCCCUGCCUUUGUUAUAUGUUUUUGUUAGCCUUUUUGGACCUGACUGUGCACAAUGUUCAAUAGCAUUCCUAUCACUUUUAACUUACUGGCCGAUAGAAAUAUUGUAUUAAUUUAUUCAGUCACAAUUUGUUAACAAAAAACAAAGGAUUGUGCACGGUCAGAAAAGCUUCCAACAUAACCUACAGCACCAUCGUUUUCAACUUUGAUGUUUUCCGGCUUUCAUAACCAGUCUCCUCUACUAACUAUGGUUCUAUUUGUUAUUGUUGUUUAACCAGUGGGGGGGGAGGGGGGGCAGAGGGGGUACUCUUAUAACUUAACUACAGGAGAGUGUCGCUGAGUCUUUGAGAUUCUGAACCUGUUCCAGGCAAAAAGAGAGGAAUUUGCACCACUGUUUCAGUCAAUUAGCAAAAACAAAAAUGCACACAACAUCGUUGUUGAGAAGUUGUUUGUUCUUGGGGAAUGGAAUGUAUUUAAGUGUGAUCAAGAAUAAUAAGGGAUUCUCAGGAAAAAAAUCUUACCCUGUUUCAGUCAGUCAAAAUUGAGUAAAAUACAGUGAAACCUCUAUUAAUCAGACCCUCAAUUAAGCAGACACCCUCUAUUAAGCAGACACUAAGCCAGGUCCCAAAAUUAACGUCUUAUAUUGCCCUUUAUAAUGAACCCCUAUUCAGCGGACACGGACACUAAAAUAAAUUGUAUUUGGCUAAUUUCUACUGUUAAAAACCUCUGUUAAGCAGACACUGGACUGAAUUGUCAAUGCAGCAUUGGAUUACGUCCAUGAAAUACAUACUGUUGUCGAUUAAUAGAGAUAAAUCAAUACAUUUAGCUGUCAAAAGUUCACCUAACAGUCUUGCACAAAGUACAGCACAGCUUCCUUAGCUCCCUUAAGAACAUGGAACUUUAUCACAGUACAGAGUAAAUGUUGAAUGUUAAUCAUUCACAAACAUUGUGCUAUUUUUACGAACCUUUAUUGAGCGGACACUCUCUAUAAGCGGACUCUUGGGAAGGUCCGGAAGGUGUCUGCUUAAUAGAGGUUUCACUGUAUACUCAUCUUGCAGAGAUGAAGGUUGAGUUUUAUACCCUGUUCAGAGUCGGAGAGACAAAAACCAUAUCCUGUUGGGUGACACAUACCUGUAUAGCCCACAUAUGGGAGUACCACCUCUCUCCUGAGGUUGUUUUGCAUGUCUCCCAACAUGGUUAUCAACAAGUCUCAGGAGAAAUUCUGAGUGGAAUGUUUCCUGAGACUGAAGGGUAUAGAAUGGUACCUUGAAAAACAUUGGUAAUGGAAAAUUUUGGCCUGAUCUUGAAACCUCGGAAGCAAGUUUCCUUUUUGAGUGAGUUUUGCAUCUCGUUAUCUUGCAUUUUUUUGCCAACUGGUCUCAGUGUCUCAGAUUUGUCAUUUUUUUUUUCUUACUGUUAGUCGAAUUUUUCAGAGUUCAUGGGUACAGCUUAUCGAACUGAGCUAGUUGUUUUUAAAAGGCAGUAAAACAAGACAAAGCAGUAUAUUCAUGGUAGACUUUCACUGAGUCAUUUUCUUUAGCUUUAUUUGUACCAUUACCUCAAAAUUUUCAGCACUUAGAGUCUCAGGUUUGGAAAUUUUAGAAGUAAAUUCUCCGGCGCAUGCUGUAAGUCUCAGUCUCAAAUUUUGAAACCAGGGUCUUGAAUUUACCAUUCUAUACCCCUAGACUGAGAUGCAACAACAGGGAAAAGGAAACUGCAUCAACUAUCAAAAUAACGUAAUGCACCCUAAACUCAAGUUGAUCAAGGGGUUGAGAGAAGCAUUAUAAGACAAUGAAGGAUGGAGGGAGCAUACGGAAUAUCUGCAAACAGCAUUUAUGCCAAAAUGAAUUGCUUGAUGUUGAAGUUCUGAAUCCUUUUUGAUCUGGUUGUUUUCUUAGAUGAAUAGCUUUGCUUCCUAUUGUCUUUCUUUAUCAAGUCGAGGGGACCAGUGGGGAGGGGUAAUAUUGUGCACCCUGGAGUUAGGGGUGGGGAGUGCAAGUGCUUCAUAUUCCAUAAGCUUCCUCCCUAAUAUUAACUCUAUUUGAAGACAUAUUUAGGUGGCUUAGGUGUUUUUUGUCUUUUUUCAGCCUGCCCAACAUGGCGUAAAGCUUCCACCACAUCCUGCCCAGUGUCCCCUUUGCAAGAAAGUUUGCACCAACCCAACAGCACUGUCAUCAUCUGGUUAUGUCUUCUGCUAUCCUUGUAUUUAUAAGUACCUUAACCAACAUGGUUGCUGCCCAGUCACUCACCUGCCAAGUGCUUCAAAGCAACUUGUUAGACUGUAUGUUGAUGACACAAACUAG